UGUAAGAGUUAUUCUGUGUCCAUGCUUGUCUUGUUUCUGCUAGAUUCUCAACAAUGAAUUUGCCGAACGUGCACUAUUGGCUUGCGUAAUAGUCUGAUAUUACUCCGUAAUAUUUCUCGAUUUGCAUACUGUUUGUUUAUUACUGCGUCACUGGCUUUCAGCCCUCUUUCUACGUUUUCGUUUCAUUGCAUUGUGAUAAAGGCAGCAAGGCGCGCAUGUUAUUUACUUACUAAGAUCUCGGUAUUAAAUUAACACUAUCAGUGUUCAUUUGUGUGCAGAUUAACACUGUAGCUGUGAAUUCAAAAGUCAGUUUGUUCUCCACAGUAGUUAUUACUUCAGCACUGUAGGUGUUAAUGUAACACUGUUAAUGUUCAUGCAACAGUUUAAAAGAUAAUUCAACACUAGAUGUACAUUGAGCACUGUCUAAUGAAGGAAACCACACAGACCCCUUGCAGCUCCUUUCCCUCACAGUAACGCACAACUUUGUGCCAGGAUGAACGUGGGCACAGCUCACAGCGAGGUGAAUCCCAACACACGGGUAAUGAGCAGCCGGGGUAUGUGGCUGUCCUACCUGCUGGGCAUUGGUCUUCUUCACAUCAUUUUGCUAAGCAUUCCCUUCGUCAGCGUGCCUAUGGUCUGGACCCUCACCAACCUCAUCCACAACAUGUGCAUGUAUCUACUCCUGCACACUGUAAAAGGGACUCCAUUUGAGACUCCGGACCAGGGCAAGGCUCGGCUUCUCACACACUGGGAGCAGAUGGACUACGGGGUCCAGUUCACCGCCUCCCGCAAGUUUCUCACUAUUACCCCAAUCAUACUGUACAUUCUCACCAGCUUCUACACCAAGUACGAUCGUGUCCACUUCGUCAUCAACACAGUCUCUCUGCUCACUGUGCUCAUUCCCAAACUACCACAGCUGCACGGUGUCCGUCUCUUUGGGAUUAACAAGUACUGAAGGACUGCUCUCUCCUCGCUGCUCUGGGCCCUGCUUACUCAAUGGCAACCCUUGUUUUGGUCUUUUGCCCAGACGUUAUUGAUGAACUAUGCACCAGGGGACCCAGUGUUGAGAAAUGAAAGGGAGGAGAGACAGAAGUGCUCUCUCUUCUCUCAGUCUGCAGGCUCCAGUGGUUUCUUACGAUGGAAUGAAUGAGAUAUUUACUAUAUUUUGAUGUUCACCGGUUUUUAAUAGCAGAUUUGGAGUUGUCAGGCAUUAGCUUGUGUUAAAGUGCAAUGAUUUAGUGAAUGCAGUUCUACUUUCCAGUAUUCUUAGUCAUUGAAGUCUUACAAUGGCUGCCCUAUCACUCAGUUGCUAGGAAGACUGCUUGGAUGUUGACGUUGGUGAAUGACAACGACUCUGCCAUUCACUACACAAUUAGAUAAAAAGGAGUUUUUUAAUUAGAUAGUUUUCUUAACUAUGUUGUGUCUCUGGCCUGGCAGGGUACAUCUUUUGUGUUAGCAGUGAGAUAACAAGAGAAACAUAGUAUUUCUGAACAGGAGUGGAGGCUGGCGGCUAUUUUUAGAUUCAGGCACUUACUGUAUCUUCGGUUAGAGGGGAAAACAGUCUCUUUUCCCAUAUUUAGGCAACCUUGCUUUGUCCUGUUAAAAUUGUGACAGAAAAGGAAAGCAGUGACACUAGCCAGCCUUUCAUUUUUUAUGAAUGGUUUGACGUUAAGCCAAAGGAGGAAAAAAGCAAGUGUUGCAGUCUUGGGCACUCAGUAGCUGGACAGACUGGGUUAAUGGUCAAUAAGUGGUCAUGUGACUGAUUACUUUUGGAUGAGGAUGCGAUUACUUCUUUUAAAAGCAGGAGAGGCCACAAAAUUAGUGUUUUGGCAGAAGUAUGGGUUUACACUGAGCUAUAUAUUCCUGACGCAUGAGUAAGUUACCAUAUUUGGCCAAUUUUGCUUUGGACUACAUCAACUGUAAGGAAGCACAUUUGAAAUGAUGGAAUAUUUAGUGUAUAUGACUCUCUUAAAAGUCACACUUUUUUUUACAACAACAUUAAUUUUGAGAUCUUCAUAGUGUAAAUUGUCUGCACACAUGUCAUUUUGGAGAACCCAGGUAUUAUUAUAUUUGAUUAUUAAGAGACCGUUUAAGUAUUUUCACAUUGAUGCAAGUGUUUGCCAAGCGGAAACAUAAUACAUGGUGUGGGUUAAACUGUAGAGGCCCCUGGACUGUGAAUUAGACGUUGAUGAGAAUAUGCAUACAGAAAUAUGUAUGACAAUGUUAACAGUCAUGGUGAUGUCUAACCUAUGUCCUGUGAAACUGACAGACAAAUUAGAAUGUUAAAUCAACUGAGCACUCAUUAUUGUAUUAUUCACUUUUUAGAUACAAUCAACAGCUUUUCUUUUUUCUAUAUUUUUAAAAGCAGAUUUAUGUAGCAACAAAAGACUGGGUUCUUUAAAGCUUCAUUUUCAAGGCACUUGCUUAGUUUUUGCUUGCAGCGGUGUAACUAGCCUCCCUUAAGGGCUGUUUUACACACACAUUUUCAAGACUGUUGUAGUCAAUCACAUAACUGCAGAGGUGGGAGCCAAACCCAGUGGACAUACAUUAGAAUGGAGUGCUGCUGCACUAAUGUUUUCCUGCCUUGAGUUUCCUCUGCCUAAUCGGAUUGUGUUCCACUGUGGCACAGAGAGGGAUCACUGUUUCCUGAUGUCAUUGUGGAACUUGGAAGGAAUCAUAGCUGAAAUAGAGACUAGUACCUUUGUUUAUAAAACUACAACUCCAUGGAAGCAUCAGUCAGUCCUAAUGUAUGUAAUGGAUAUUCUAUUGCGGACAUGUUUAAUUGAUUGUUUGGUGCUGCAUGUUUGAGACAGGGUGUGUCCAAUUGCAGGUUGUGGGUCUUAGAGUCUUAGUGUCUUGUGUUAAAUAUGCUGGAUAGGCCAUGUUAAACUUUCAAAGGGCUUUAUUCCAAAAGCACUUAAAAGUCCUUUUUUUCUGCUAAAAUAUAUAUCAGGUCCCUUCAAAUGCAGUUGCAGGCCACUUCAGUGCAGUUUUCAUUAAAUGUUACUCAGUGUUAGUUAUUACAUUUAUCUUGUUGUCCUGAAACACAUGAUGAAAAUGUCAGGCCAAGCAGAGUAUGACAUGACUACUUGAAUUAUUUUAUGAGAAUUAUAGAGGUUGAAGCACAGUUUAUGAAAGAUGAUGGUAGAACCAUUUAUUUUUAAUGACACUAUUACCAAGUUAUAACCUGUACAUAAUCUUUUUAAAUAGAAAAGAUUUUUAUAUUCUUUUUGAAAACCUUUUAAACUUGUACAGGGAAAUGAAGAAUAGUCUUGGUUACAUUGACAUUGGAUCGGGAAAAAAGCUUUAAGCAGUUCUCUUUGUUGUUUUUUUUAAACCUUCUCAUAUUGACCAUAAAGACAAAAUAUAGAAUACUCUAAAAUAGUUUAGGUAAUGUGGGUCAUCUGGACAGUUCAUUCUGUACAGAACACAGCAUGUCAACAAAAAGCACAAAACAGGACUUGUUCAAAGGCUAUAAGCUGGUUGAGCAAAGAUGUCAGUGAUUACUAUUGGAUGGUAGAGUAAGCAUCAUUUUGAAUGCUCUAUCUAAUAGUUAUGGGGAUCUCAGUGCUACAGUGUUUUUACAAAACUGGAUAGUGUUUAAUUAUAGAAAUAAAAAACCAAAUUUGUUAUGUCAGUUACAGGCCAUGUUAUAAGUUUGGCCUCAGUCACCUGCACAGUGCAUGUUUAACAGCACAGUGGUCUUCUGCUGGAAUGUAAUGGCUUGGCUCUCUAGGCUGUCACCUGAAGCCUGUGGCUAGUUGAACACUGAGCAGGGACGAGUGAGACGGACAGAGAGAGUGAUGCUUCAGGUUUCACAAUUACCGCAUACAGCCCAAGAGCGCAUUCUCCAUCUCCCUCACUCUCUCUUUCUGUCGGUGUCCAUAAGACCUCCUGCUACACCUCUUCUUUGUAGCAGAUUGAUAAGGAACCUCAAGUCACUCAUCUGUGAUGAUUUGCUUGAACUUUGUAUUCAAGUAGCUUCUUGCAGAUCAGUUGAAAUACAAAAGUGAAGCCCACUUUGUUAGUAGAUGACAUGCUUGAUUGGCAAGUGCGUAUUACAUACACAUCCCAUUGUAACCACUCUUAAAAGUCUACAGUACCCUUUGAAUAUAGCUAAAGCCAUUGUUUUUUUCUGUUUUUUUUUUUUCUUUUUCAUAAAGGGCUAUUGGCUAUAGAGGACCACUUAAUACAUGAAUAUGUACACAUUCACAGGGUAAUAACUUGCCAGACCAUUGUGAAAAUGAAACAGGUUUAACCAUGAGCACAGUCUCUAAGGCAAGUAACUUCUACCAAAACAAUUUCUUUUGUAAGCAGUAUGGGUGCAAUUGAGGUCAACUUGAUUUAAACCCAAACCACACAGUUUUCCCCAUAUUUGCUAAUUCUUAUAAGGGGAAUUUAGUUCUCUAGGGGGAAAAAGGGUUCAACUUGGUCCUGAGGUUUCUUGUAUAUUUCUUUUUGGACUUGGCUUAAAACUAGCCAACCCUGGAAUACUUCCUGUAGAGUGUUUAUACAACACUUGGAAACUUUUAAAUGUCUGCAUUAUACUGUAGGUGGUUAAAAAAAAUAAUUUGAAAACAUUGGCUUGCCUUGUUAUUUCUGAGCUAUAUUUGAAUCUUCCUGAUUUGAUCUGUUACUCAUGAAGGUUUUGUGAGCCAGAACUAAAAUGUCUUUUUAGUACUUAUUUGUGUAGUAUCAUUGGGCAAAAAAGUUAAUAUUAAAGAACAAAUGGCAGUUGA